AUGAAGGCGAAAUUACACCGGGAGUCAGGUGCCUCAUCUACAAGAGGAGGCUUUUCCUCUCCUGGACUCCUCAAGGCUAGCUGUGAGGCGGCGGGGCUGGCGGCGGGACUGGCCAAUAGCAGGAGGGCUGUUUUUGAACCAAGAUUUGCCACCCGACAGCACAGCAACGAGAAGAUAACCGGGCAGGGGCUCCAGACUGACCCAAACAUAGACACACUCAAGAACGCGAGUCUGGGUUCAACAUUAGGAGGGAAAAGACAGCUUAGGCGGGUGCGGGGCUUAAGCACUCGCCGGCAUCCACUCCUUCCACCUCCUAACCGCGGGGUUCCGGCGAGACCAAGGACCCCCGCGGCGCUCAGGCUGGGGACGCAGGUUGUCCCAACUGCUGGGACCAAGACUGAGGCCGAGCGGAAGCCCGGACUGCUCCCAGCCGGACCUAGUCCUAAUUCCACUGUGUGGGAAACUGAGGCCGAGGGCAAGGCGGGGACCAACCCGGCGUGGGACGGGAGGGAGGGUCUGAUCCCGGCCUCGAACCCUGGCUUGCGCCUCCCCGAAUCCGGAGCCGGGGCCUCUGCCUGCCGGGCGCUGCCCGCGCGUUCCUGGAACUGGGCUGGGCGGAGAAACCAGGGCCUGCGGAGAGGCAUUCCUGCCGCCCUCCCCGCCGCCCGGGGCCGCGGGGGGCCUGGCCAAGGUGACCCCGCGGGAGGGAGGCGAGGGGCCCCCGCCCCCUCGGCCGCAGCGACCUCCUCCAUCUUCCCGGUCCUCGGGGCUUUUCCUCUGGGCCCGCACGCCCUCCCUCCGGGCAUCCGCGCGCCUGCCCCCUCCGCGGGCUUCCCCAAGGGCGGGACAUCCCUACCCCCCCCGCCCCCGCCAUCCCCAGGCCACCUCCGGGCCGUGUCCCAGCGCUGCCCUCGGGCCGGGGGCGGGGCGCGGCAGGGGGGGCUGCCCUUCAAGCUCCGGGCCAGCCGGCUGACCUCCCCCAAGCAGGGAAGGAGCGGCUUUAUCCAGAGCGGAGUCCAGCCCACUCCCCUGGAGCAGCGGCGCGGCGCCCGGCAGCGCGACCACCUCGGCGCCGCCUCCCCGCCCGCCUGCGGCGAGGGGGUCGCGCCCGACCGCCGCCCAGCCGCGGGCUCCGCCGCCGGUUCGGUUCCGAAGCUCGCCUGCCCCCUCGGAGCCGUGCGCGUCACCCUUCGGAGCGGCCCUGGCCUCCUCUGGGAAAUGCGACGCCCGAGUGUCCCCCUCCCGCCCGCCCCAGCUCGCCUGGGUGUCAGGAGCGUCGAAUCGGGUGCCGGCGUGGCUGGCCUCCGCAAGUUCCAGGGCCUGCCGCUUUCCCCUCUGGGCCUCCGAAGCCCAGGCGAGUUCCUGCCUGAAUACCAGCUUGGGAGCUCCCCACUGCCUGCAGCCACCUCCGACCAGCCCCUCAUCACCAUGCACUCCUUGGACGAGCCGCUCGACCUGAAGCUGAGCAUCACCAAGCUCCGGGCGGCGAGAGAAAAGCGGGAGAGGACGCUGAGUGUGGUCCGGCACCGGGCUCUGCACAGGGACCUCGGCCUGGUGGAUGACAGCCCCACCCCGGGCUCUCCAGGCUCCCCGCCCUCAGGCUUCCUGCUGAACCCCAAGUUCCCCGAGAAGGUAGAGGGACGCUUUUCGGCGGCCCCCCUGGUGGACCUCAGCUUGUCACCGCCGUCCGGGCUGGAUUCCCCCAAUGGCAGCAGCUCGCUGUCCCCUGAGCGCCAGGGCAACGGGGACCUGCCUGCGGUGCCCACUGCCCCGGACUUCCAGCCACUGCGCUAUCUAGAUGGCGUCCCCAGUUCCUUCCAGUUCUUCCUGCCUCUGGGCUCCGGGGGGGCCCUGCACCUGCCUGCUUCCUCCUUCCUCACCGCCCCCAAGGACAAGUGCCUCUCAUCAGAGCUCCCCCUGCCCAAACAGCUGGUGUGUCGCUGGGCCAAGUGUAACCAGCUCUUCGAGCUCCUGCAAGACCUGGUGGAUCAUGUCAACGACUACCAUGUCAAGCCUGAGAAGGACGCAGGGUACUGCUGUCACUGGGAGGGCUGUGCCCGCCAUGGCCGAGGCUUCAAUGCCAGGUACAAGAUGCUCAUCCACAUCCGCACACACACCAACGAGAAGCCACACCGCUGCCCCACCUGCAGCAAGAGCUUCUCUCGCCUGGAGAAUCUGAAGAUCCACAACCGCUCGCACACAGGUGAGAAGCCCUAUGUCUGCCCCUACGAGGGCUGCAGCAAGCGCUACUCCAACUCGAGCGACCGCUUCAAGCACACGCGCACCCACUAUGUAGACAAGCCCUACUACUGCAAGAUGCCCGGCUGCCACAAGCGCUACACGGACCCCAGCUCGCUGCGCAAGCACAUCAAGGCCCACGGCCACUUCGUGUCUCAUGAGCAGCAAGAGCUCCUGCAACUGCGCCCACCCCCCAAACCACCGCUGCCCACCCCUGACGGCGGCCCCUAUGUCAGCGGAGCCCAGAUCAUCAUCCCCAACCCUGCUGCCCUUUUUGGAGGCCCCGGCCUGCCUGGCCUGCCCCUGCCCCUGGCCCCUGGCCCCCUUGACCUCAGUGCCCUGGCCUGUGGCAAUGGCGGGGGCGGUGGGGGAGCGGGGGCAAUGGGCCCCGGGCUGCCGGGCCCCGUCUUGCCCCUCAAUCUGGCCAAGAACCCACUGCUGCCCUCACCCUUUGGGGCUGGUGGACUGGGCCUGCCUGUGGUCUCCCUCCUCGCUGGCUCCGCUGGCGGCAAGGCUGAGGGGGAGAAGGGGCGUGGGGCAGUGCCAGCCAGGUCUCUGGGCAUGGAGGGCCGCAAGACGCCCCUGGAGAGAACUGAGAACAGCCGCUCCCGGCCAAGCCCUGACGGACUCCCCCUGCUGCCGGGCACCGUGCUGGACCUGUCCACGGGUGUCAACUCAGCAGCCAGCAGCCCAGAGGCACUCGCUCCUGGUUGGGUGGUCAUCCCACCGGGCUCCGUGCUGCUCAAGCCAGCCGUGGUGAACUGAACCUGCCUGCAGGACGGCUACCCGCAGCCCAGCUAGCAGCUCCCAGCCCUGCCCCUGACGAACGGAAACUCUUCUGCGAAAUAGCAAUAAUGUCCUCCUGCCCCUGGGGCCUGCCCUGUGUCCCCCAGGCGGACCCAGCCCCAGACAAGCUGGGCAGCAAGGAUGGUGCUAGAAGGUCAUUGGUGGUGUCCCAGGCUCUGGAGGGGGAGCUGGUCCUGCCAGCCAGGGAGAGCCGUGCUCCUGGGUGCUGAGGCCUCACUCACCUCUGGCCCUCCCCCUGCCCUGUCCUCCACCUAGCCCCCUGUGCCUCCCUCAACCAGUCGCCAGCCUGGGUAGGGCGCCCUCCCUCCCUGCCUUGCCCACCUGCCAGCCAUGUCCCCGUCCUGCCUAGCCUCUCUGGGCCCCUACUCUGGGGGCUUCUUGGACCCCUUUCCCUCUGGCCCACCCUCCAGAGGGAGAGCAAGACAGACGCAGGCAAAGCCACAGGAAGAAGCCACCUUAUCCCUAUGACAAGGUGCCUCCAAACUCAAGAGAGGGAGGCCCGCUCUGCCAGCUGCCCCCCCUGCCACUAGCCCGUCCAAAAACAGCCAGCACUACCUGAGGGUCAGCCCCCUCUCUGGGCCGGAUGCUCUCCCAAGUGAGGGGACUGUGACCACUCACCUGCCCCUUCGCUGCUGGGCCUUCUCCCUCUAUUUUCAGGGAGCCCUGGGAG